AGCUUUUGGUGAGGUCGGACGUCUAUUAUGAACACCUCCCAGCUGGAUCAGCAAAUCGCCCGGCUCCGGAAGUGUGAGACUCUACCGGCAGACCAAGUCAAAGAACUGUGUUCCCUAUGUCGUGAUAUACUGAUCGAGGAAGAUAAUAUUCAACGGGUAGACUCCCCUGUAGUUAUUUGUGGAGAUAUCCAUGGACAGUUCUAUGAUCUUAUGGAGCUCUUCAAGGUUGGAGGGGAAUGCCCCGAAACGAACUACCUGUUUUUGGGCGACUACGUUGAUAGAGGCUUCUACUCUGUCGAGACGCUUCUACUCCUCAUUGCUUUGAAAGUGAGGUAUCCCGAUCGGAUAACCCUCAUCAGAGGUAAUCACGAGUCGCGGCAAAUCACCCAGGUCUACGGCUUCUAUGAUGAAUGUGUUCGCAAGUUCGGCAAUGUUAACGUAUGGAGGUGCUGCACGGACCUAUUCGAUUACAUGGCCCUCAGUGCUAUCAUCGAUAAUAAAGUUUUCGCGGUUCACGGUGGUCUCAGUCCGGCGCUGCACACUAUGGACGAAAUUCGUUUGAUUGACAGGAAGCAGGAGGUUCCCCAUGAAGGGGCGAUGUCGGACAUUAUGUGGUCGGAUCCAGAUGAGAUCAACGGCUGGGCUGAGUCCCCCAGAGGGGCCGGUUGGUUGUUCGGUGGGGACAUCGUCAAGCAGUGGAAUCAUACUAACUCUGUGACUCUUAUUGCGAGGGCACAUCAAUUGGUCAUGGAGGGUUACAAGAUGAUGUUUGAUGAUCAACUCUGCACAGUUUGGAGUGCGCCAAACUACUGCUACAGGUGUGGUAAUAUUGCAAGUGUGUUAUGCCUAGACGAGCAACUGAAGAUGGACUUCCGUACUUUCCAUGCGGCCCCAGCUGAGGAGAGAGCCCUUCCAGCAAGGAAACCAAUGCCUGACUACUUCCUGUAA